AUGGCAUCUACGUGGAAACCUGCCGAAAAUUCUGUGUUGCAAUUAGCAACACUCUUACAGAAUUGUAUGUCAUCAAAUCCGGAAAUCCGUAAUAAUGCGAUGGAAGCUAUGGAAAAUUUCCAAUUACAACCAGAAUUUUUCAAUUAUCUAUGCUAUAUCCUAAUUGAAGGUGAAUCCGAUGAGCUGUUGAAACAACACUAUUCUCUACAAGAUCUUCAGAAUAAUAGAGCUACCGCCGGUAUGCUGUUAAAGAAUUCGAUGCUAGGGGAGAACAAUUUAGUUAAGAACAAUAGCCAUGAUAUAGAGUACGUUAAAUCGAGCGUUAUCCAUGGCCUAUAUAACUCCAACAAUAAUCUAGUUUCUAAUGUGACAGGUAUAGUCAUAACUACUCUGUUUUCCACUUACUAUAGACAACACAGGGAGGAUCCAACCGGUAUCCAAAUGCUUUAUCAAUUGCUAGAGCUAAUCUCAAAUGGAAAUGAGCCGGCUAUCAAAGCUUUAUCCAAAAUAAUGGAGGACAGUGCGCAAUUUUUUCAAUUGGAAUGGUCAGGAAAUACCAAACCGAUGGAAACUUUAUUAGACAAUUUCUUCAAGUUCAUUUCAAAUCCAAAUUUGUCACCCGUGAUUCGUUCAGAAUCAAUCAAAUGUAUAAAUACAGUGAUUCCAUUACAAACACAAGUUUUUAUUGUAAGACUAGAUAAGUUUUUAGAGAUCAUCUUUCAGCUGGCGCAAAAUGACGAAAACGAUCUUGUUAGGGCACAAAUUUGCAUUUGUUUUAGUUUUCUCCUAGAAUUUAGACCGGAUAAACUGGUAUCCCACUUAGAUGGUAUUGUGCAGUUCAUGUUGCACCUGAUCGCCAAUGUAAGUGAAGAAAAAGUGGCCAUCGAAGCCUGUGAAUUUUUACACGCCUUUGCAACGAGCCCAAAUAUUCCUGAACACAUCUUACAACCGUAUGUUAAGGAUAUCGUACCAAUACUGUUGUCGAAGAUGGUUUAUAACGAAGAGUCUAUUAUUCUCCUGGAAGCUUCUAAUGAUGAUGAUGCAUUUCUGGAGGAUAAAGAUGAAGACAUCAGGCCUAUUGCCCCUCGUAUUGUGAAAAAGAAGGAGGCAGGGGAUGACGAUGAUAAUGAAGACGAUGAGGAUGAAGAUGAAGAUGGCGAUGUUGACACUCAAUGGAAUUUGAGAAAAUGUUCAGCGGCUACAUUAGAUGUGAUGACAAAUAUUUUACCUCACCAAGUGAUGGAUAUUGCAUUCCCUUUUUUAAGAGAGCAUUUGGGUUCUGAUAGAUGGUUUAUCAGAGAGGCCACCAUAUUAGCAUUGGGGGCGAUGGCAGAAGGUGGUAUGAAAUACUUCAACGAUGGACUACCUGCAUUAAUACCAUUUUUAGUGGAACAGUUGAACGAUAAAUGGGCACCCGUGAGGAAAAUGACAUGUUGGACGCUAAGUAGGUUUUCGCCAUGGAUAUUGCGUGAUCAUACUGAAUUUUUAAUGCCAGUGCUAGAACCCAUAAUAAACGCCUUACUGGAUAAGAAAAAAGAUGUUCAAGAGGCAGCUAUCAGUAGUGUGGCCGUAUUUAUCGAGAAUGCCGAUUCCGAAUUGGUAGAAACCUUAUUUUACAGUCAAUUAUUGACGAGUUUUGACAAGUGUUUGAAAUAUUACAAGAAAAAGAACCUAAUUAUACUUUACGACGCCAUUGGCCGGUUUGCUGAAAAAUGUGAAUUGGAUGACACGGCAAUGCAAAUAAUAUUGCAACCUCUGAUUGAGAAAUGGGCCUUAUUGUCGGAUAGCGAUAAGGAGCUGUGGCCACUUUUAGAGUGUCUUUCAUGUGUGGCGUCAUCUUUGGGAGAGAGAUUCAUGCCCAUGGCACCUGAAGUAUACAACAGGGCCUUUAGAAUUUUAUGUCAUUGUGUGGAGUUGGAGGCCAAAUCUCAUCAAGAACCGACAAUAGUGGUGCCUGAGAAGGACUUCAUAAUCACGUCAUUGGAUCUGAUUGAUGGGUUAGUGCAAGGCCUCGGUGCUCGUUCGCAAGAUUUGCUGUUCCCCCAAGGGACGAAGGAUUUAACGAUUCUAAAAAUCAUGUUGGAGUGUCUACAGGAUUCAGUUCAUGAAGUAAGACAAAGCUGCUUUGCUCUGUUGGGAGACAUUGUAUAUUUCUUCGAUUCGAAAUUGGUAAUUGGUAAUCUGGAAGAUUUCUUGAAACUGAUUGGUACGGAGAUAAUGCACAACGACGACAGUGACGGGGCACCUGCAGUGAUAAAUGCUGUAUGGGCUCUCGGGUUGAUAAGCGAACGCAUAGAUUUGAAUACCUAUAUCAUUGAUAUGUCUAGAAUCGUUCUGGACCUAUUCACCACCAACACUCAGAUCGUGGACAGUUCGAUGAUGGAAAACUUGUCCGUGACCAUCGGGAAAAUGGGGCUAACACACCCUGAGGUGUUCAGUUCCGGCGCGUUCGCCAACGAGUCCAACUGGAAUAAAUGGUGCCUGUCCGUGAACGCGCUGGCUGAUGUGGAGGAAAAGAGUAGCGCAUACAUGGGGUUCCUGCGGAUCAUCAACGUGACCAGCGCGGGAAUCGCGAUGAGUAACGACACUAUCCAGAAAGUUGUCUCAGGAUUGUCGAACAACGUCGAGGCCAAUGUGUUUGCGCAGGAUAUCUACACCUUUCUCAUGAACCAUUCGGCCCAAAUCUCCACCAUCAAUUUCACGCCUGACGAGAUUUCAUUCCUACAGCAGUUUACCGAAUAA